GACAACGUGAAGCCGUUCUACCGCACUCUGAUCAACUUCCUGGCUCACAACAGUCUGACCGUGGUUGUCUUCACGUUGUCCAUACUGGCCAGCCUCACUCUGAAUGAGAAGGUCGGAGAGAAGCUCUUUGAUGCAAAGAACAUCCACCAGACUUUCCAGCUUGUGUUUAACAUCAUCGUGAACGGUGAUGGUACUCUGACUAGAAAGUACUCCGUUGACCUUUUGGUUGACCUGUUGAAGAACCCCAAGAUAGCAGUUUAUCUUACUAGGUAUGAACACUUCUCAGCGUGUGUGUCUCAAGUUUUAGGACUGCUGCACUCAAAAGAUCCGGACUCUGCAGCAAAGGUGUUGGAGCUUCUCUUGGCCAUGUGCAGUGUCUCAGGUCUGCGUUCGCUGCUGUGCGAGGUGGUUUUCAGACCAGCGGGACCCAAACUCAGAGCUGCAGGCCGCAGGCAGGGCGCUGGACCGGACGGUGGGCGCAAAGCUGAGUGCGGACUCGCCCUGGUGCAGUGGCUGAGCUUGCCUGUGGAGGGCGCUGAGUCCUGCUCGCUCCAGACCCUGCAGCUGCUGAAUGAGCUGCUGGAGGAAGCGCUGGGAGCGGAGAGUGUGUCUGACUGUGUGCUGAGCUUCGUGGAAAUGUUGCUUCCAGUCCUGUUGGGGCUGCUGAAGGGCCUCGAUCCUGCACAGGGAGACUCUCACCUGAGGAAACACUGCCACCGCAUCACACACGUCACCAGUCUGCUGCUCAUCCUCUGUGCUGAGGACGCCACCAGAUCUAUAGUGUCCCGCCAGGUGAGCGCCCAGCUCUGCCUCUCGCAGGUCGAAUCCCUCCUCUCCUGUUGUCAUAGCAACAGCCCCCUCACCUGCCUCCCUCCCGGCUCUGACAACGAUCUCAGUCAGCUGUAUGCAGAAGCUCUGCUGAGGACUCUGGAGUUAAUGAGCAAACUGAGGCAACAGGUGAAGGACAUGGAGACCAGCUUCUACAGGAUGUUGCAGGACCAGAGGAUCGUGACUCCCCUCUCUCUCGCCCUGACCUCCCACCACAGAGAGCGCGUGCAGACCGGACUCUCGCUGUUGUUUGAAGCUGCCCCCCUCCCAGACUUCCCCUCGCUGGUUUUGGGAGAAAGUAUCGCCGCCAACAACGCCUAUCGCCAGAGAGAGGCUGAGCUGUCCGUCAAACGUGUUGCCGUGCAGGAAGUCCCACCUUCCAGCAUACUGGACUCCUCCAGCAGGAGUGUCCACAGUCUGGUUGAGAAGAUACAGAAUGGGUUAGAGCUGCAGGAGAACGUGAAGGACUCACAUGUGUCUGAGAUCAUCGACGUUUAUGAACAGAAGCUCUCCGCGUUUGUGUCCAAGGAGAGUCGACUGCAGGACUUGUUGGAGGCGAAAGCUCUGGCUCUCUCUCAGGCCGACCGUCUCAUCGCUCAGUAUCGCUUCCAGCGGGCUCAGGCUGAGGCGGAGGCCUGUAAGCUGGGCUCUCUGCUGAAGGAGGCGGAGCGUCGGCGCGAGGAUCUGCAGUGCGAGCUGGGCAGCCAGGUGCUGGAGGUGGAGCGCUCCAGAGCCGACAUGGAGGAGCUGCUGCAGCACAACGCCCGGCUGCAGCAGGACUCGGAGGAGCACCAGGCCCUCAAGGGAGCCUACAACGCCCUGCUCAACAGGUUCAACGAGAGCGAGCGGCUGCUGAAGGAGCUGCAGGCGGCUCACAUCUCGCUCACCAAACAGAACGACACUCUGAGGAAGAGCCACGAAGCUCUGCAGCUGCAGCACGAGAAGGUGGCGUCGGUGUUGGAGGACAGAGAGGAGGAGAUCAGGUCUCUCCACUCAGAUCUGCAGCAGAAGAACAGCGACAUCACAGGUCUGCGCGGUCAACUGCGGGCCGAGGAGGAGAAGGUGAUGGAAAAGGAUCGAGAGAGGAAAGAUCUGGAAGAGACGGUUGACGUUUUGAGGAAGGAACUAAACAAGACGGAGCAGGCCAGGAAGGACGCCAGAAUCAAGGCGUCGUCUCUGGAGCUGCAGAAGAGUCAGCUGGAGACGAAGCUGAAGCAGAAGGAGGACGAGCUGAACAAACACUCUGCGAUGAUCUCCAUGAUCCACAGCCUCAGCAGCGGCAAGAUGAAGAGCGACGUCAACCUGUCGCUCUGAGGGAAGAAGGACAAGAAUAGGUUUUAAAACUUUUAUGGAUAAUGAACUUUUCUACUCUUAAUAAAAUAUACUAAACUGAACUUGUAUUUUUAAAGUCAUAAUAAAAUCUUUGUAUGUGU